AUGAUCAAGAUCGUUGUUCUGAUUUCUGUUUUAAUCACCACCACACAUGGGGGAUGUCCUAGCAUCUCGUCAAUCUAUCUUCCUCGUAGAGUGAACUGUCCACUUUGUGAUUUCGCGCCUUCCUCUCAAGCUGUAUCUGGUUCUGGUAAUGUGUAUUCUAUCAAGUGUCCCUCUGGGUCUGAUGUCUGGUAUUACAAUGAACAAGGAAACGAAUUUGUGACUCCAAUGAGCAAAGUUGGUUCAAAGGGAUCGAUAAAAUGUGAAGGAUCGAAAUGGAAGAUCAGCGUGCCCGGUCAAACUCAAAUUCUAUCUGCCUUCGCAUGUGGCUCAGCAUGA